UAAAUGGAUAAUCCUAGUUAAAAUAAUUCUAUUGCAAUAUUCACUAUGCAGAGAUUGUUUGCUUUUUUGGCUUUUGCUGUUUAAAAUUUUUGUUAGAACUUAUGAAGAUUCAGGCAGUUUCAUGGUGCAUGGUCAAUUUGUGUAUAAAUUUCCAGGUUAAAUGUGAAUGUGUACCAUUAACACAGAAGUACAAUUCAUCCAUUUCUUUUUGGAUUCUCUAAUCAUCUUUUUAUAGUCAUAUUAUAGAGAAUUUGCCAGGUACAGGACUUUCCCUUAGAUGCAAUUACAGCACACUUUUAUUAAAAAAUGCUGAAUUACAGGAUAUGACCUGAGUACCUGUCUUUAACCUGAAAAUCUCCAGAAAGUCUUAAUAUGAUUCAAUUUUAUAUAGCACCGGCCAAGAAAUAACAAUAUAAGUAGUCGACAACAUCAUUAACAUACCGAGUGUAUUAAUAAACGGACACUUACCUUUUUGGAAACAGCUCUUACAACUGCUGUUACCUUUAAAUUGUACAUUUGAGGUCAUAAGAUGUAUAUUUAUCCCGAUUUUUCCAUGUGUCCUCUGUAGGAUGAUGCAUGAUUAUCCCUGAUUCCACUGGGAAUACUUUGAUCAUCACCAGUACUCAAACAACAGCUGCUUCCAUGGUUGUGUUUGACUAGUAGAAAAUUCUUGUGAUAGAAAAUAGUUGUAGUAGUUCAUCAUAAGAUGGUAGCCCACUGGCUCCUCCACCUCGUCUGGCAAGACGUGACAAUGUGUCCUCUUCUGGCUGGAGGACCUGAGCUGCAGCAGCGGAAAUAGGCGACUGUCAUAAUACGUGUAAAUACUGAAUGAGAUUCAUACUCAAAGCCCCGGUGACAAUGUGCAGACACCACUCUUCAUGUUUACCUCAAAUGAGCUCUGAACACUGAUGGGCUGGCGACCAUUCACCCUCAUUUAUAAACAAGAAUAUGGUAUAUUACAACAAUUGUGAGCCACACUGUUUUUCUCUCUCUAUUUAUACAUUAUACUUGACGUGCAAAUAACCUGGGAUUCCUCUCAGUGAUGGUUUAAUACAUGUACACAGUGAGGUUUACAUUUAGAGUUUGUGAGGUAGCUGUACAAUACACAAACAGAUUUAAAGAGAAACAGCAUAACACAAUAAUGAUGAUACAAUUCUUUACUUCAACAGUCUGAAAAGUUUUCCUUUUGAGAUAUUUUCAGUCAGUAAGUCGUGUAGUCAUUUGAAGAUGUGUUUUGUUUCAGUUAUGCAUUUUAAGACAUUUGGUUUUGUGAAUUUUUUAUGUAAAUCUGUACUCAUUUGGACAGAAUUGUGACGUAAACUGAUAAUACAGCUGAGAGGGAAGUAGUGCAUUAAACCUGUUCAUUGUAUACUUUGCAAACAGUCUGUCAGCUUGUUUUAUGUAAAACUAAUUUGCAAUUCAGUUUUUCAUUUUCACAAUUUUUAAUUUCCUAUGUUAUCAUUUAUUUGACACUCUGGGUGUGACCAUUAGACUACAUCGAUUAAUAUUGUUAGCCUUUAUAGAUUCAUUACAGACUACACCUUUGAGGUAAUCAGUAAUCAUCUCUCUUUCUUACACUAAGUCUCUUCUGCAGUGCUGUUGUAGCAGAAUACAGACACAUGAACAGCUCAUUUAUUAAUUAGAGGAGAGUGAGGUAAGAUUUGCCACUUUUAAAUAUGUUGCAUUUAUAUCAUUAAGACACCUGUUGUAAACUGAGUAACACUUUUUUAAAAUUAUUUUAUUAAAGAUAUUUUUUCACAUCAACAAACAUGGGAAAAUUUCAAUCCCAUUUCCUUAAUAUUUAGAACAGCUAUCCUUAAGUAACUUCACCAAUCCAACCUAACAUGAGUAUUAAGUGUUACUUCCUCCUUGCAGUUUCCUGGCCAUGUAAGGGUGAGAUUUUCAUACGUUUGUGGAACAUGGGAGCAAAAGGGAAAGAGGAAUGACGUGAUGCCCGUGAAGCCUCACUGAAGCGAAGCAGACCGAAGCGCGCGUCCUCCCUGCACAGCGCGAGCGUGACCUUUAGGUGGACCAGGCUGUUGUGCUUUUGAAACGUGAUCGGAAAAAUUACAGGAGGUUGGUGUAGAGGGGGGUGUAAGGUUAGUGAUGGAGAGCGCUAUCUCAGCAAGAGAUCGGGUCGGCGUCCAAGACUUCCUGCUCUUGGAGAACUACAACAGCGAAGCUGCUUUCAUUGAAAACCUGCGCCGCCGGUACAGAGAGGGCCUCAUUUAUACAUAUAUUGGCUCAGUGCUGGUGUCAGUGAAUCCUUACAGAGAGUUGGAGAUUUACUCCAAACAGAACAUGGAGCGUCACAGAGGAGUCAAUUUCUAUGAGAUCUCACCUCACAUUUUUGCCCUGGCCAAUAAUUCAUAUCGUGCUCUGCGGACUGAGAGACGAGAUCAGUGUAUUCUGCUUUCGGGAGAGAGUGGCGCUGGAAAGACUGAGGCCUCCAAAAAAAUACUUCAGUACUACACACAUAUCUGUCCCACCCGCAACAACACACACACUAUCAGAGAGAGACUGUUGCAGUCCAACCCAGUACUGGAGGCUUUUGGGAAUGCUAAAACUCUCCGGAAUGACAAUUCGAGUCGUUUUGGGAAAUACAUGGACAUUCAGUUUGACUAUAAGGGUGCUCCAAUUGGAGGUCACAUCCUAAACUACCUGUUAGAGAAAUCCCGUGUGGCCCAUCAGAACCAUGGUGAGAGAAACUUUCACAUCUUCUAUCAGCUGCUGGAGGGUGGAGAAGAACCUCUUUUGAAGAGACUUGGUUUGGAGAAAACCAACCCACAACAUUAUCAUUACCUGGUUAAGGGUAAAUGUCCACGGGUGAGCUCUAUCAAUGAUAAGAAUGGUUGGAAAGUUGUGAGAAAUGCUCUCACUAUCAUAGGCUUUAAUGAGGAUGAGAUACAGGAGCUGAUGGAGAUUGUGGCAAUUGUUUUACAUCUGGGUAACAUACAGUUCGGUGAAGAUGAGGAGGGAGAGACACACAUCACCACUGGACCCCAACUGCAAUAUCUGUCCCAGCUGCUGGGUGUGGAUGGGUCAGUCCUGAAAGAAGCUCUUACUCACAAGAAAAUUGUUGCCAAAGGGGAGGAGAUGAUCAGUCCCUUAAGUUUAGAACAGGCUCUCUCUGCUCGGGACUCUUUGGCCAAAGCAAUAUAUGGUCGUGCCUUUACCUGGCUUGUCCAGAAGUUAAACCAAUCAUUGGCCUUUAAGGAUGAGGUCUACUACUCCAGUAAAUGUUCUUCUAUUAUUGGUUUGCUGGACGUAUAUGGAUUUGAGGUCUUUCAACACAACAGUUUUGAGCAGUUCUGCAUUAAUUACUGCAAUGAAAAACUGCAGCAGCUGUUUGUUGAGCUCACGCUGAAAAGUGAACAGGAGGACUAUGAGACAGAGGGGGUCGGGUGGGAGAGAGUGGAAUAUUUCAACAACAAAAUCAUCUGUGACCUGGUGGAGGAGAAACAUAAAGGCAUCAUUGCCGUUCUGGAUGAGGAGUGCUUAAGACGAGGAGAUGCCAGUGACAUCACCUUCCUGGAGAAGUUGGAGGACUCACUGGGUGGCCAUGCCCAUUUUGUCACUCAUAAAAUGGCCAACGGGAAGAUCCGCAAAGCAAUUGGACGAGAGGAAUUUAGACUUGUACAUUAUGCUGGAGAGGUUAACUACAAUGUCAGUGGGUUUCUGGACAAAAAUAAUGACCUGCUUUGCAGACACCUGAAGGAGGUGCUGUGUCAGUCGGGGAAUCACAUUGUCAGUCAGUGUUUCCAUGCAGAUGAGUUGAUGGACCAGAGAAGACCAGAGACGGCUGCCACAGAGUUCAAGCUCAGUUUAGCUAAACUGAUGGAGAUUCUGAUGUCUAAGGAACCAUUGUAUGUCCGCUGCAUAAAACCCAAUGAUGCUAAACAGCCUGGUGGAUUUGAUGAAGUUUUGGUCAGGCAUCAGGUAAAGUAUUUGGGUUUGAUGGAGUAUCUGAGAGUAAGGAGAGCUGGAUUUGCAUACAGACGAAACUUUGAGGUGUUCUUAGAGAGGUAUAAGUCUCUGUGUCCAGACACCUGGCCAAACUGGCGUGGGACACUCCCAGAGGGGGUCGCCACUCUGGUCAAACACCUCAACUACAAACCUGAAGAAUACAAACUGGGCAGGUCCAAAAUCUUUAUCCGCUUCCCAAGGACUCUGUUUGUGACUGAGGAUGCACUUGAGGCCAAGAAACAAACCAUCGCUGUCACUCUGCAGACAUCUUGGCGGGGCUACAGGGAGCGUGCCAAGUACCACCGGAUCCGACAUGCAGUAAUUGUUAUCCAGUCAUGGUGGAGAGGAGUCAAAGGGCGAAGGAAAGCCAUGCAUCGUAGACAAGCAGCUGACACUAUACGCAAGUUCAUCAAAGGCUUCAUCCUGCGCAAUGAACCUCGUUGCCCUGACAAUGAGUACUUCCUGGACCAUGUGAGAUUCUCCUUCUUGAUGAAGGUGAAACGAAAUCUGCCAAAAAGUUUGCUUGACAAGAGCUGGCCAAGACCACCGCCCUCACUCACUGAGGCAUCUGAGCACCUUCACAGAAUGUGCAUUCGCAAUCUGGUCAGUGACUACUGCAGGAGAAUCCAGCCAGAGUGGAAGAAGCAGUUGGAACAGAAGGUUGUAGCCAGUGCUAUCUUUGGGGGUCAGAAGGACUGCUACCCUCAAAGUGUUCCCAAACUCUUCGUAGCCACCAGACUCGAGGCUGAAGAGAUCAAUCUCAAAGUGCUGCAAACUCUUGGGAAUGACAACAAGGUGAAGUAUGGUGUACCGGUCAUCAAGUACGAUCGCCAUGGUUUCCGCGCACGUAUGCGUCAGCUGCUGUUGACCACUUCAUCUGCUGUUCUGGUCCAGGAAGCAAAAAUCAAACAACGUAUUGACUAUGGCACAUUGCUGGGUAUCUCUGUUAGUUCCCUCAGUGAUGGAUUCUUUGUUUUGCAUAUUCCCACCACUGACAGUAAGCAGAAGGGUGACCUGGUGCUGCAAUGCGAUUAUGUGAUUGAGGCCGUCACCAAGCUGGCCAUCAUGGCAGACAAGAUACACAAUGUCAACAUCAGCCAGGAUAGUAUCAGGUUUGCCAUAGCGAGGGGAAAGGAGGGAGUGAUAGAUUUCACCAGUGGCUCGGACCUGCGAGUUGUCAAGACCAAGAAUGGACACUUGUCUGUGACCACCCCACGAAUCUCAUGAACAGCUCAUGACAGCUCACCAGCAGUGGCCACAUCAUUUCACAGGACUGGUUUAGCUAAUCACUACACAGAGCCAGACUACCCUUUUAUGAUUCAUUUCAGUCUCAUUCCAAAAGCACAUGUUAGCACGUUAGCAACUGUAUAUUAAAGGACAUUUGCAAUCUUUUUUUCUUCUGAAUACUGAAUUUAGAUUAUGCUUUAAUGAAGAUUUUUAAUUAAAUGAGUUCAUUUUGUAUUUUCUCUCAUCUGACCAAUUAAAUGAAUCUUUGUUUUUUCAGUUAUGUUAAUAAUUCAAGCUUUACUAUGCAGAUAUACUACAGAGUAUUUUUAGGAGUUUUUAUUAACUAGAAAAUCUUUUAAAAUUUAAAUACAAAAGCAUAAUGCUUUACAAAUAACACCAGUACUUAUCAGUGCAAUGUUCUAUAACUCAGUUGUUGUUGAAUAAUUUGAAAAAAUAAAUAAAUAAAUAAAUAAAAA